AGGCGGUGUCAUCCGCUCGCUGCGGGGCCGCGGCACCCGGGACCCGGGAGGGCCGGGAAAGGGAACGGGAGCGGAACCGGGACCGGAUAGGCACUCUGUGACCAUGGCUGGGAACAGCCUGGUGCUGCCCAUCGUGCUGUGGGGCCGGCGUGCCCCCACUCACUGCGUGUCCUCYCUGCUGCUCGUGGAUGGCUCUGUCAUUGUCACCGGCUGCCACGACGGGCAGAUCUGCCUCUGGGACCUGGCUGCUGACCUGCAGAUCAAUCCCAGAGCUCUGCUYUUUGGUCACACAGCCUCGGUUACUUGUUUGUCCAAGGCCUCAGCUUCCAGUGAAAAGCAAUAUAUAGUGAGUGCAUCAGAGAGUGGGGAGAUGUGCCUGUGGGAUGUGAAUGAUGGAAGGUGCAUCGAGUUCACCAAGCUGGCUUGUGCCCACACUGGCAUCCAGUUCUAUCAGUUCACAGUGGGCACGCAGCGGGAAGGGAGACUCCUGUGCCACGGACAUUAUCCCGAAAUUCUGGUCAUGGAUGCAGCCAGYCUUGAAGUUCUGUAUUCUUUGAUAUCCAAGAUCUCUCCUGACUGGAUCAGCUCCAUGAGCAUCAUCCGCUCCAACAGGACACAAGAGGACACCGUGGUGGCCGUGUCCGUGACCGGUAUUCUCAAAGUCUGGAUCAUCACCUCGGACGUCAGCCGGCUGCAGGACACCACCCCCGUGUUUGAGGAGGAGUCCAAGCCCAUCUACUGCGAGAACUGCCAGAGCAUUUCCUUCUGCUSCUUCACCCAGCGCUCGCUCCUGGUCGUGUGCUCCAAGUACUGGAGGGUUUUUGAUGCCGGAGAUUAUUCCCUCUUAUGUUCAGUCCCCAGUGAAAAUGAGCAGACUUGGACUGGUGGGGAUUUUGUGGCAGCUGAUAAAGUGAUUGUAUGGACAGAGGAUGGACAGAGUUUCAUCUAUAAAUUACCAGCCAGCUGCCUCCCAGCCAGUGAUUCAUUCCGCAGGGAUGUGGGGAAAGCAAUGGAAAACUUGAUUCCACCUUUAUUGUACAGCGUGUUGGACAGAGCAGAGAAACAGCUCCURAUAUGUCCUCCAGUGACUCGAUUCUUCUGUGGCCAGAGAGAACUUCCCUACAAGCUCUUAAUCCAGGGAGACUCCUCAGGGAGGCUUUGCAUUUGGAGCAUACCCGACACCCUGGACCAGCAGGAGGGUGCAAAAGGCCUGCAAACAUCCACCUCCAUAUCCCUGCAGGAAGCUUUUGACCAGCUGAGGCCUCGUCCUGCCGGGAUCAUAGACCAGUUGAGCAUCAUUCCCAACGCCAGCGAGCCGCUGCGGGUGACGGCCAGCGUCUACAUCCCGGCCCACGGGCGGCUGGUGUGCGGCCGCGAGGACGGCAGCAUCGUCAUCGUGCCUGCCACACAGACUGCCAUCGUGCAGCUGCUGCAGGGGGAGCACAUGCUGCGUAGGGGCUGGCCCCCUCACCGGACGCUCCGAGGCCACCGGAACAAGGUGACGUGUUUGCUGUACCCUCACCAGGUCUCCUCCCGCUACGACCAGAGGUACCUGAUCUCGGGCGGGGUGGAUUUCUCUGUCAUCAUCUGGGAUAUYUUCUCGGGAGAGAUGAAGCACAUCUUCUGUGUCCACGGGGGAGAAAUCACCCAGCUGCUUGUUCCACCGGAAAACUGCAGUGCAAGAGUCCAGCACUGCAUUUGCUCCGUUGCCAGCGAUCACUCGGUGGGUCUGCUGAGUCUGAGGGAGAAGAAAUGCAUCAUGCUGGCAUCUCGCCACCUCUUCCCAAUCCAAGUGAUCAAAUGGAGGCCCUCCGAUGACUACCUGGUGGUGGGAUGUUCAGAUGGCUCCGUGUACGUCUGGCAGAUGGACACUGGAGCUCUGGACAGGUGUGUGAUGGGAAUCACAGCAGUGGAGAUCCUGAAUGCCUGUGACGAGGCCGUUCCUGCGGCCGUGGACUCGCUGAGCCACCCCGCUGUCAAUCUGAAGCAGGCCAUGACCCGCCGCAGCCUGGCUGCUCUCAARAACGUGGCUCACCAGAAGCUGCAGACCCUGGCCACCAACCUGCUGGCUUCUGAAGCCUCRGACAAGGGGAAUUUGCCAAAAUAUUCCCAUAACUCCCUGAUGGUUCAGGCCAUCAAGACGAAUUUGACAGACCCAGACAUCCACGUGCUGUUUUUUGAUGUGGAGGCUCUGAUAAUCCAGCUGCUGACAGAGGAGGCCUCGCGGCCCAACACAGCCCUGGUUUCUCCAGAGAAUUUACAGAAAUCCUCCAGUGGCUCUGACAAAGGGGGCUCCUUCCUGACGGGCAAACGGGCGGCCGUGCUUUUCCAGCAGGUGAAGGAAACCAUCAAGGAGAACAUCAAGGAGCACCUCCUGGAUGAUGAAGAUGAGGAUGAGGAGGCCAUGAGGCAGAGGAGGGAGGAUGGCGACCCGGAGUAUCGCUCCAGCAAAUCCAAACCGCUGACUUUGCUGGAAUAUAACCUGACCAUGGAUACAGCCAAGCUUUUCAUGUCGUGCCUGCACGCCUGGGGGUUGAACUCGGUGCUGGAUGAGCUGUGCCUGGAUCGCCUGGGCAUGCUGAAACCGCACUGCACCGUGUCCUUCGGCCUCCUGUCCCGAGGGGGCCACAUGUCCCUGAUGCUGCCUGGCUACAACCAGCCCGUGGGCAAAGCAGCCCUGGAGGAGCUGGGCAGGAAAAUGUCCGUGACUGAAGGUUUGGGGAAGGGCACGUACGGCGUGUCCCGGGCUGUCACCACCCAGCACCUGCUGUCUGUCAUCUCGCUGGCCAACACUCUGAUGAGCAUGACCAACGCCACCUUCAUCGGGGACCACAUGAAGAAAGGACCAGCCAGGUAUGGCAAACCCUCCAGAGCUCUUGGCAGUUCAGUUCAGCCACCCCCUCCAAUGUCCAGCCAUGCAGCACAAGGGCAAAUCAAACAAGUUGUUCCUGCUGCUGCUUCCAGCACGGAAUCUGGGCACUCUGACACUUCUGCUUUCCAUUCCUGUUUCUUAGUCAAUGAAGGCUGGAGCCAACUGGCUGCCAUGCACUGUGUGAUGCUCCCAGAUCUUCUGGGAUUGGAAAAAUUCCGUCCCCCUCUGCUGGAAAUGCUGGCACGGCGCUGGCAGGAUCGCUGCUUGGAGGUGCGGGAGGCGGCGCAGGCGCUGCUGYUGGCCGAGCUGCGCAGGAUCGAGCAGGCGGGACGCAAAGAAACCAUCGAUGCUUGGGCUCCUUACCUUCCCCAAUACAUGGACAGCGUCAUCUCCCGUAAGGAAUGUUCUGGAAAUGGGGAAAAGGGGCUGUGGAACCCCAAAAUCCCAAUCUUCAAUCCCAAUCCUGAUCAUCCGUUCAGGCCUGGAUGUGCCAUCCCAUAACCAAGGCUGUCCC